AUAGCUAUUUGCAGGGGUGCCGCCAGAAAUUCUGGGCCCUAUGGAAACCAAAAUUUCUGGGCCCCCUACAUUUUUUACAGAUAAAAUUUAACCCAAUAAACAUGCCCUGUAUACUUAAGAAAAGAUACUCAGCACAUUGCAUAGUUAAAAUGUCUAAAGAUGAGUACAAAGCCUACAAAAACAAGAAAAAAAUAUAGAAAUAUGUACUUGUUUACAUUAAAGGAAGAACAUUUAUUAUCUCAAUUGCAAGCACAACAGAACAUUAUUUUCACAUAUUGACAUAUACUUUACAUGAACAAGCUUUAGCUGGAUCAAACUGCUCAAUCAGGAAACAUCAGCUACAGUAGAGACACGUUUUAUUCAAUUUUAUAUAUUUUUUUUCUGGGGCAUUUUAUUCAUUUUAAGAACGUCAAGUUUGACAGCAUCGAUCGUAGCAGCCGCACUGUCACUUCACAGAACACACGACACGGCAAACUGAUUUUGUAAUUUUUGAAGCGUGUAGAUUACUUUUUGUUUUGCAAAAUUAUCAUUAUGUGGCGAACACAGUAGAUAAGACGUGUUUAGAGGCUUCAAUCUUCGGGAAGUUUCGCGCUCAGGCUCACCUUGUUCGGCUGAGACGGGGGACGUGGGGGAAGGAGGACGUGGGUGUGCAGCAGCGCGGAAACUGUGUCUACGAGACAUGAUAACCCGUCCCGGAGACAGCAGAGAUGUUAUUAUUGUUGGAUGUAAAUAAUAAUUCAGUAAUUAUUUUACUAAGCUAGCUAGAUAUAAGCAGGUCAUGUAGCAACAAAAAUACGUUUUGGAAUACAGGAAUAGGGCAAACUACCUUUCUUUAUGAAAAACUGUGUAACAUACUGUCGACUUUGGCGUUCUCUGUCUUCUCUUUCCUUCUUUUCUUUCCGUUUUUGAUGCCCUGACUUUUGAUGUGACAUGCCUGCGUGUGUCACUGUCUGCGCUGCAUCACAACAAGUCCAAUAAGCAGGAGACGCUACACUAGCGCUCGUAACUCACAGCGCAGGUGGAAUGAACCAUUGUGAGAGGGAGCCGGAAGGGGUGUGACUGAAACAGUAAAUAUAUUAUUUGUUUUUUAAAUAUUAAAUCUAUGGUCGAAACGGACAAUAUACACAUUUAGUGCACGAGGGGCCCUAGCACGUUUAAUGUAUGUAUAAAAAAGAGAAAAGAAAUAGGAAAAUAAGAAGGGGGUCUGCUCUUCUGGGCCCUAAAUCAGCAUGGGCCCUUAGAAUCGUCCUAACCUUCCACCCCUUUACGGCGCCCAUGGCUAUUUGUUUCUUUGCAACAAGUACAGCAAUGGGCCUGCAGAACGGCAAAAAUGACUCUUUGCGCUGCAAAAAUCGUACUGUUUUUAGUCGUUUUUUUCUUGUUAUCCGGUAACAAUGUCUUCAAAUUCUUGAAUCAAGAUGUAUUUUCUUGAUGAACAAAAUGGAGGACUGCAACAUUAAAAUAAAUUAACAUGGGAGGAUCCUCAUCAAAAUCUGCUGAACCAUACUCGGCACCGAAACCUGCAGCGCCAGUUCAAAAACAAGAAUUGGACGAACCAUGGAGGAAGUUUGAAUGGGACAGUAUAUCAGAACUGAAAAGGAAUCUAGAAGAAUUCACUCCAAGUGAUCCAAAUGUUAAGGAAAUCAAGAUUAUUGUUGCUGGUCAAAUUGGUGCAGGAAAGUCCAGCUUUAUAAACUCCAUCAAUAACGCUUUUCGAGGUCGGAUCACCUCAUCAGCGCUUGUUAAUUCAUCUUCUGGUGGUAGUAAAAGUUUUACAACUAAACUGAAAGGACACCGCAUCAGAAGUGGAAAAGUUGCUUUGCCUAUUGUCUUCAAAGACAUAAUGGGUUUAGAACCUGAUGCAAUGGCUGGGUCUCAAGCAGAAGACAUCAUCAAUGCUUUAUUUGGCCAUGUGAAGGACGGCUAUGAAUUCAAGACGAACCCACUCACUCAUAAGGAUCAACAUUAUACCAGUGACCCCAGUCUCUCUGACCAGGCUUUCUGUCUGGUUUACGUCAUAGCUGCUGAUACAGUCCAGUUCACAGAUGACAAACUCAUUGACAAGUUGAAGAUCAUCCGUCACAGAAUCAGUGAAAGAGGGAUUCCUCAAGUGAUUGUCAUGACUAAAGUGGAUGAAGCAUGUCCACUGGUGAAAAAUGAUCUAAGAAAGAUCUACUACAGCAAGAAGAUCAAAGAGAAGAUGCAGAUGUGCAGUGAUAAAGUGGGUGUGCCAAUGAACAACAUCUUCCCAGUGAAGAACUACCAUGAUGAGAUCGACACUGAAGAUGAUAUUGAUCUUCUGAUUCUGAAAGCAUUGCAACAGAUUGUAAAUCUCGCUGAUGAUAGAUUGAUUGAGAACAGUGAUAACUGACAUAAAAACACACUAAAUAAUAUUUUGUUAUCCUUGGUAUGCACUCGCCUACAUGUUUUCUAAAAUGUCAAUGUUUAUCACGUUUUUUAACUAAAAAAUCAAUCAAUUUUGGGCAUAAUAGUGAAUAAUUUUGACACACAGUAAAUUGUACAGUAUUUACAGUAUGUGCUUGUCUUGUCUCUCAAAGGUUACAACGAGCAGUCAGAAUAUACACUUUUGUUUUGAAAGACUUAACGUAAUUCAAUAAAUUAAUAAUAAAAAAAUCCUUAGCAA